CGGGGCCGGUCUUAGCCCCGUAUUCCUUCCCUAACCGUAAUUCCCUCCUCAGAUGAUCCUCUUCUCCCCCACCUUCACCACGGCUACAUAAUAAUAACAACUAUCCUCUCCCCCCCGUGGCGGUCAGCUUUCUUUUUUCUUUUCUUGUUACACCCCCUUUUCCAUUCCUAGACCCCGGUAUCCUUGGUCAUCUCUCCAUCUGUCGUCCUCAUGUCCCAACGCGAGGAAGACCUGGCCUAUGGCCACUACUACGGUGACUCGGCGCGGGGCACAUCCGGCGACACCGCGAGGGGCUUUGUCGGUGACACUUUCCAGAAACUGAAGGAGACCUACAAGAGUCAUCAGAGCCAGCAGGGCUCGGGUACUUAUCAGGGCAGCAGCAAUAAUCAACAGAACCAAUACCAGCAAACCCAGUCCUCCCAGACCCAAGGUUCGGCUCAGCAAUACCCGCCGACAUAUGGAAACGCCAGCCCGCAACAGCACCAGCACCAGCAGUCAACCUAUCAUCAACAGACGCAGAAUCCCCAGAAGCAGGAUAAGCUCUCGGGAUUGUUCGGAAAAUUGGAAAACCUGGGAAAUGAGUUUGCCCAGAAGAUCGGAAAUGCCCUCGACCCGCAAGCCUAUGCGGAGUAUGGCUCGACUAAGCCGCAGACGCAGAACCGCUUCGGCAGUUUCGCUCCAGAACGCCAGGGUAAUGAAGUCAAGUGGCACGUCGACGGGUGUGCGUACUUUUAUGCUGUCUCCAAAGCCCUGGAAAGUGCGAGAGAAAAUAUUUGGAUUCUGGACUGGUGGUUGUCGCCAGAGCUCUACCUGAGACGCCCUCCCGCGAAGAACGAGCAGUAUCGGCUGGAUCGGAUGCUGCUAGCUGCUGCGCAGCGCGGCGUUCGUGUCAACAUUAUUGUUUAUAAGGAAGUGACUCAGGCAUUGACACUCUCAUCCCAUCACACAAAGCAUCAUCUGGAGGAUCUCCAUCAGAACAUUGCAGUAUUCCGUCACCCUGACCAUCUUCCCGACCGUCAGGAAUUGGAAGCCUCAAUCGCCGCUUCCCUUCAGAACCUCUCCUUGGAUGCCGGGAAUCUGGCUAAGAUGUCGGAGGACACCAUUAAAGGAAUUUAUGGUAUGCAUGAGGAUGUCAUCCUUUACUGGGCCCAUCAUGAGAAGCUCUGCAUCAUUGAUGGACGCAUCGCUUUUAUGGGUGGCUUGGAUAUGUGCUUUGGCCGUUGGGACACAAACCAGCAUGCCCUCGCCGAUGUUCAUGGCCAGGACUUGAAUGAGAUCGUUUUCCCCGGCCAGGACUACAACAAUGCUAGAGUGCUUGACUUCCAGGAUGUGUCUAACUGGGAGAAGAAUCAGCUGGAUCGGAAGAAGACCUCCCGUAUGGGUUGGUCGGACAUCUCAGUCAGCUUGCAUGGACAGGCUGUCGAAGAUCUGAGACGGCACUUUGUCCAGAGAUGGAACUUCAUCUAUGAUAUCAAGUACUACUCGCGCAACAAUCCCAGAUAUGUGAAACUGAACUUGUACGGCCGCCCUACCUCUUCUAUGGGCGCCCAACAAGGUCAGCAGCAGGGUCAGCAACAGGGCCAGCAACACGGAAGGCCGGCUCAACAGCCAGCAACGUCAACCCAGAGUCCUUCUACCCCCAGCUGGCAGCAGACUUUCACAGCCCAGCCGGGUGGUCUCCCUACCAGCUCAAGCCCUGCCACUCCUAGCUGGCAACAACAGGCAGCCUCUCCCUCCGCCGUGCAACCCAGCAACACCCAGUCGUCUAGCGCCGGCAACGCAGUGACACCUGGCUGGCAGCAGCAGACUCCUCAGCAGCAGGCACCUCAACAGACUGGUUCCUUUGGCAGUAACGCUCAGCCCGCCACUCCGAGCACUCCUAGCUGGCAGCAGCAGCAGCAGCAGCAGCAGCAGCAGCAGACCUCAUCCCCUCAACCUGCUGCCUAUUCUGGUAACAUUCAGCACACUCAAAGCUGGCAGCAACAGCCCGAGCAACACCAGGGUAGCUACCAGGCCACCAACACCCAUGAUGCUCCUAACUGGCAGCAGCAAGCCCCACCGGCCUAUACACCUAACCAGGCGUAUACGCCUAGCCACGAUGAGAAGCAUAACUACACCUAUACUGGUGACUCGUUCCCUCCACCUCCCCCUGUGCCUCCCCCAAGCCAGGGAACCGCACCAACCCAGCAGCCGAGUUACACCCAGUCUCAGGAUCAGGGAUACUCUCACCAGCAGAGUUACACACAAUCUCAGAGUCAAUCUUGGCCUCAGCAGCAGACCCAAACUCAACCUCAGGGACAGGCUUAUCCUCAGCAACAGACUCACACACAAUCUCAGGGUCAGGCAUACUCUCCAAGCCAAGGCCAAAACCAGCAUUACCCGCCUCCUCCCACCCAAGAGGGCCAGCAAUCGCAGACUCGUGGUGUUCACGACUACCACAGCGGAGGCCAUGCGUACGGCGACUCCGAAAGAGGCUUCAACUUCCGUGGUAUCAAGGAGAACUUCACAGAUUAUGGCAACGUUCUUCGCGGCGAAUUAGCAGGCCAGAUCCAUCAUUACCAGGAUCGUAUGAAUUACCGCCAGGGUAGCCAGCCACGCGGCAACAUGGUUUGCCAGAUUGUGCGCAGUGCUUCGAAGUGGAGCAACGGAACACCGACCGAGCAUUCUAUUGCCGACGCCUACGCCGCUAUCAUCCGCAACAGUCAGCACUUUGUGUACAUCGAAAAUCAAUUCUUCAUCACCGCGACUGGUGAUGCCCAGAAACCCGUUCAAAACAAAAUCGGAGCUGCCAUUGUCGAACGUAUCCUGCGCGCUGCACGGGCGGGCGAGAAAUACAAGAUUGUCGUUGUCAUUCCCUCAGUCCCCUGCUUUGCUGGAGAUUUGAGCGACGAUUCCACUCUUGGCACUCGCGCCAUCAUGGAGUUCCAGUACAACUGCAUCAACAGGGGAGGCAGCAGUAUCAUGGAACUUAUUGCCAAAGAGGGAUACAACCCGAUGGAAUAUAUUCGCUUCUACAACUUGCGCAACUACGAUCGUCUCAACGUCAGCGGCCCGUUGCUUCAGGCCGAAAACAGAAGUGGUGUGAACUACGAGGAAGCCCGCAAGGAGCACGAUGUGACCACUGCCGGCCCAGGUGGCUAUGGACCCGGUGCUCCUCGGGCGGCCUUUGAUACCACCGCCCCCUACCAACAGUACCAGCAAGCCGCUCAACAGGUGUCCAGCACCAAGUCUGCUCCUGGCCGGUGGGAUAGCGUCAGUGAGUGCUACAUGCUGAAUGGUCCAGAUAUCCGCAAUGUGCCGUGGGAUGGCCCUGCAGAUGCUGAGAUUGACGCAUUCGUUACCGAAGAACUUUACGUGCAUUCCAAGGUCAUGAUUGCCGAUGAUCGCGUUGCUAUCGUUGGAUCUGCCAACUUGAACGAUCGCUCUCAGCUGGGUGACCACGAUUCCGAGCUUGCCAUCGUCAUUGAGGAUUACACCCCUAUUCAGUCGCGCAUGAAUGGCCAGCCAUGGAGUGCAAGUCGGUUUGCUGCUUCUCUCCGUAGAUACCUGUUCCGCAAGCAUCUUGGUCUUUUGCCACCUCAGGAUCCAGAACGUCCCGAUGCCAACUACGAGCCCGUUGGUGUGCCAAACACAUUCGACGCCGAGUCUCCAGAAAGUCAAAUCGUGGCCGACCCGCUGGCGGACACAAUGCACAGCAUGUGGAACACUCGGGCUAGAACUAAUACUGAAGUAUUCCGAAAGGUCUUCCACUCGGUUCCCGAUGACCAAGUGCGCAACUGGGCCACGUACAAGGAGUUCUAUGGAUACUACUUCCACAACGCAGACAAGCAGGCCUAUGGCGAGGACGACUCUCAGCCUGCUCGGUACGAAUACGGACAUGUGGUGCGGGAUGACUUCCCUCCGGGCCCUGAGGGUGUCAAGCAAGUGAAAGAACUUCUUAGCCAGGUCAAGGGAACGCUGGUCGAGAUGCCCUUGAUGUUUUUGAUUGAGGAGGAUAUUGCCAAGGAGGGGCUGACAUUGAACGAAUUGACGGAGCCUAUCUACACCUGAUGCCAUAUUCUAGUUCAAUAUUUUGGUUCUUUUGUUUGGCCAAGCAGCAAUGAAAUUGGAU